GCGCGGAAGACCUCGGUCUGACGCCUGUUCCAACUUCGCCGACUGUCAGACGGUACGCGUGAUAAAGCUUCAUGUGUCUUCAGCUUGACUCGCGCAGUCUUCUCUUUUCUUAACUCGUAAUCUGGUUUCUUCAUCUGACAUUUCUCUGUGACUCAAGGGAUACAAGACACGUAAUUAAGCUGCCUAUCUGUCAAGCAGUUUCGUUCUUCGGAGUCAUCGUUCGUGGACUAUCGUGUUUUAAGAUCAAUGUCAGACUUACGAAACAAAGGCAAUGUGGGUUUAAAUGGAAAUGUUUUAUAGAAUACUUAAAAGGCCAACGUCUUCCCAACUAUUAGAUACUGAAAUUAUAUCCAUUCUACACUUUAAAAUUGUUUCAGUCACGUGAUCCUUCUCUGCAAGAAAUCUUUAAAUGUUUCGUUAUAGAAGAUUUCACAUUCGGUAAUUUAAUUAAUGUCGUUAGUUCCUUCAUUUUGUUCCGCAGAUUUAAAUAUAGGUCUCAGUCAUGUCGAAAUAUUUAUCUAAUGGCACGCUUAAUUAAAUGUUCAAUGUUGUCAUUAUAAAUCCUUUAUCACAUUAACAGAAAAUAUGUACUAUAUCAAUAAAAAUCGUCGCCUUCAGUAUUUCGUAAAAAGAACUUCAUAUUGUUUAUAAUAUAAUUAAUUAUACGUAUGUGACAAUAUCACUCACUGACUUUGUAGAAUAUAAGAAGUUAAGUGGAAUUAGGACGCAUACAAAUAACAGGCACCGUGUGACAAACAGAGUAAAUCUGUAGGGAGCAGAAGUUUUAAAACAGUUCUUUGCUGUUGCAAGUCUAUCGUUUAAAUAUGCUGUUGCCAGGCGUGUGUAGUUUCAAGAGCUCUCAGCUGGUAGGGGUGUAGCGAAGUACAACUGCAAUUGUUAGGUUUGUGUAGCAUCAAGAGUUGUAAAUUGGUGGGGGUGCAGUGAAGUAGUAAUUUUCCUUUGCGGGAUGUAGUGGACAUUGAACUCAGAGGAGGGCGGUGUGGAGUAAAUGGAUACGGCGCCAGCAGAUUUAAAUUGCUCCUGGAGCGACGGCGACGCUUCCGGAAACAUCGUCAUCUUCAGUAGCACCGCAACAACAGCAGCAGCAGCAGCAGCAACAAUAAGAACAACAACAAAAACAACUGAAAAAUUUAACAGUAUCUGCUUCAGUGAUACAGAAGACUACAACAAUGUCAAUGAUACCUACAGCCAUAACAUCACACAAUCUCAGACCCAGGACAUAAACUCGUUUUAUUUUUAUGAGACGGAGCAGUUUGCUGUCCUGUGGAUUCUGUUUGCGCUCAUCGUCCUGGGGAACGCAUCCGUCUUGCUUGCACUUUUCAUGAGCAAAAAAAGAAAAUCUCGGAUGAAUUUCUUCAUUAUGCAGUUAGCAUUAGCAGAUUUGUUUGUUGGCCUCAUCAGCGUUAUGACAGAUAUCAUUUGGAGGAUAACGGUAGCCUGGAACGCCGGCAACGUAGCGUGUAAGCUCAUUCGUUUUCUUCAGUGUGUGGUCACGUACUCCUCAACAUACGUCCUGGUGGCUCUAAGCAUCGACCGAUACGAUGCCGUGACACAUCCCAUGAAUUUCUCCGGAAGCUGGAGACGCGCCCGUCUGCUAGUUACCGUCGCGUGGAUCAUCAGUGCCGUCUUCUCAGUGCCCAUAGUAGUCCUGUACCGCGAGACGCCUAUACAAGGCCGCCUCCAGUGUUGGAUCGACUUCUCCGAGCAGUGGCAGUGGCAGCUGUACAUGACGCUCGUAGCCGUGACGCUGUUCGUCGUACCGGCCGUCAUCAUCUCUGCUUGCUACGCCAUCAUCGUGACGACAAUAUGGAGCACGAGCAAGCAACUAACGCCGGACCCAAACAGACGACAGUCGCGCAACAGUGGCAGUGGCAGUGGCAGCAGCAGCAGCUAUGUUCGCACAAGCGGCAAGCAUCGGAUGUUACGACUUCAACAGCUCCAGCAGGAGGACCACGACAGCCGGAGAGCCAGUUCCAGGGGCAUCAUACCCAAAGCCAAAGUCAAGACCAUCAAGAUGACUUUCGUCAUCGUUUUCGUGUUCGUGACGUGCUGGAGUCCGUACAUCGUGUUCGAUCUCCUGCAAGUGUACGGCCAUGUGCCAAGGACCCAGACGAACAUCGCUGUGGCGUCCUUCAUCCAGAGCCUGGCGCCUCUCAACUCCGCCGCCAACCCACUCAUCUAUUGUCUGUUCUCUACGUCCGUCGGUCGAACACUAAGAAAGAAAGCGCCGUUUAGCUGGUUGGCGGCAGCACUGGGGGCGUGUUGUCCGACCAGUGUUCAAUCCCGGGCACAACACGACGCCGGGGAAAACAUGCCGCUGGCUGACAGCACUCGCUGGUCCUCCCAGCGACGGAAAACACACCGACCCCAACAUCCCCACAUCGACGCUAUGGCUAGGGGAGCGGCGGUGGCAGCAGUCGUCACCAUCGUCUAGCGUCAUCAUCGCGAGAUACGGACGCUCGAAUACUCGUAUGCCUGUCGUAAACUUAAUUCAGUUCGCGGUUUAGAUUAAAUUGCAAGCCAGGCAUGCACCGCCUUCAUUUGGCCAACAGCAUCCAUAAGAACAGCGCGGAAUAAUCAAGUACCGGAAAUACGAGAACAGGAAACGAAAUCGCCAAGAAGUGUUUCUUAACUGUUGUUAAUCAGUGAUGCAAAAUGCAAACGGAAGUGACGAUCUUGUGCUUACACUUUCCAGAACGUUAAUACUGGAAACAUGACAUCUAAUUUAAAUGUUAUUUAUUUCGGAGGCCUCCUUAUGUUGAGAUAUAAAAAAACUUCGUUAAUUCGUACAAAUCACCAAAUACAUUAAGCGAUGACGAGUGUAGAUUGUUACUGUUUCUUAAGAAAAAACAGAAUAUUAAGAUUCCGAUCGCCAGCCCCCAUAUCCGUCAUACUCCGUCUCUGACGACCGGAGUUCCCUGAUCUCUGUUAUAUGUAUGACACUUAUAUUCCAUUUACAUGUAACAUUUCCCGAACAUGCACUCGGUAGCUUAGUUGGUUGAGGCACCAUGCUACAAGCCGGAAG